AUGAUAUUAUCAGAAUCACAAUCAAUAAGCAAAAGAUUAUUCAACUAUGAGUAUAGGUAUCGUGAUGAUUGGUGGCGAUGGAGAUGGUUGUUAUGGUUACUAAUAUUAAUCCCAAUAAUUGGUUUAUUACUCUUGAUGCUUUGGAGAAGAAGAAAACAAAAUAGAAAAGCUGUCACUUAUACUACUACUACUCAAUUACCUCCACCAAAUGGGGUUUAUUAUCAACAAACGUAUAUUCCUCCAAGUGUUCCUCAAACUACUCAACAACAGCAAGGUUAUUACGGUUAUCAACCGGAACAGAAUGGUAAUUAUGAUUAUGUAAGACCCCAGGGCCCACCACCAGCUCAUACAAAAUUUUAA